UUCUUCUUCUUCAAGGCUCAAGCAGAAGAAAAGUAUCUGUCGAGAAGAAGCACAUUUACACUCCCAAUUUCUGCAAAUCCUCUUUGCUGCUGAAACUUUGCAUCAUCAUCUUCAACCUCUCGAUCGUUUUCAACUGAAAAUUAGUCCUUAAGGCAAUGGGUGAUAGUCAGUAUUCUUUCUCUCUUACAACUUUCAGCCCAUCUGGAAAGUUGGUUCAGAUUGAGCAUGCGUUGACUGCUGUUGGAUCUGGUCAAACAUCAUUGGGAAUUAAAGCUUCUAAUGGUGUUGUAAUUGCUACCGAGAAGAAAUUACCAUCCAUCUUAGUUGAUGAAGCAUCUGUGCAGAAAAUUCAGACUUUGACACCAAAUAUUGGAGUUGUCUACAGUGGCAUGGGCCCUGAUUCUCGAGUUUUGGUUCGGAAAAGUAGAAAGUCAGCUGAGCAAUAUUACCGACUUUAUAAAGAAUCAAUCCCUGUCACACAGCUGGUGAGAGAAACUGCUGCUGUCAUGCAGGAAUUCACCCAAUCAGGUGGUGUAAGACCAUUUGGUGUUUCACUCUUGGUUGCGGGUUUUGAUGACAAGGGUCCACAACUAUAUCAGGUGGAUCCAUCUGGUUCGUACUUCUCUUGGAAUUCGGCAAUGGGAAAAAAUGUCUCCAAUGCUAAGACAUUUCUUGAGAAGAGAUACACGGAGGAAAUGGAGCUCGAUGAUGCUGUACACACUGCUAUCCUGACAUUGAAGGAGGGAUUUGAGGGACAGAUCUCAGCAAAAAACAUUGAGAUUGGCAUUAUUGGAACAGACAAAGUAUUCAGAAUUCUCACUCCAACUGAAAUAGAUGAUUACCUACAAGAAGUGGAAUAGAUUUUCCUUUCCG